AUGAGUAGGAUGCGAAGGAAAUGCGAAGGCGAGGUGAGUUAUUUGAAAGAAACCAUGGAGGAGGAAACAACGAUCAAAGAUCUUUCUAUCCACGCAGUUACGAUUUUAUUGAAAUUUGCAGCAACUUGGCUUACGAAUAAUAACGUCGAAGAACUUAGUAGAAGACUCUGGUUGCUCUUUAUUGCUACUUCGUAUUUUAUUAGUAUAUUCGUAAACAUAUCUGAUAUAUAUCACUCCUGGGGUGAUAUAAACCAGUGCGUGUUUGCAAGCAUUAACGUGGGUUGUAUCUUGUUGGCGAUGUGCAAGCUGACGAUGAUAAACUAUCAUAGAAAGGAUUUCGUAGAAAUUAUUUUGUACGCAAAACGAAAUUUCUGGCAUUGCAAUUAUGAUUCGCAGGAACUGGUCUACGUUACUGAGUGUCGUUUUAUGUGUACAUUAUGGAUGAUCUUCGUAUACGUUUUAGUUUUAGGUUGUGUAGUCACCUAUGGAGUAAUGCCGAUUACUCAGUCUAUUGGAGCGAAUGAAUCGGAAAGAUUACUUCCGUUCAAUAUGUGGGUCGAUUUGCCUUUAACUGAAACACCCUACUACGAACUAAUGUAUGCUUAUCAGGUAUUCAACGUGUUAACGAAUAUCACGUUAAUAAUAAUUUUUAUCGAUUUAUUGUUAAUUAAGUUGCUGUGUGCGAACUUAAUUGCCAUUGGGUACAUUUCUACGGACGCUUGCUUGUGCAUCCUGAAUAUGCACAUGGUCUGCCAAUUUCGCAUAUUACAACACAGAUUGCUAUCACUUUGGGAUUCUGUUAACGAAAAGAUGGAUAUCGUCGAAUACACCCAACAUUGUUACGACGAACUGAGAAGCUGCGUUCAUCAGCAUCAAUUACUUAUCGAUUACUGCGCUAAGCUUGAAAAUGUAUAUACUAUAAUGAAUGCCGCGCAUCUGUUGGUUUGUAGUAUAUUAUUUAGUUUCGACUUUUACGAGAUAUUUUUGGCAGACAUAUCCGUUACGCAAACAGUCAACUCCAUUCUUCAUCUGAUCGGAACGUUCAUUCAUGUCGUUAUCUUUACGUACAGUUGUCACGGCUUGAUAGAGGAAAGCGAGAAACUCGUUACGACUAUUUACUCUGGAUUAUGGACCAUUUUGCCAAUGAACAAAGUUGGAAAAUCUUUGCGGAAAAACAUGCGAUUAAUCAUGUUGAGAUCAUUACGACCAUGUUGCCUAACUGCUGCUGGAUUCUUCCCUGUGACAUUGGAAACUGCUACCACGAUAAUGAGUACCACACUUUCCUACUUUACUAUGAUAAAGGAAACUACCACAUGAAGAAAUAACUAGUAAUACAUAAAAUAUUUUUAUAUGCUUGUGCAUCGUGUAAAUGAUGCCUUUUAAUAAUUGAACUUGCAUAUUUUAAU